AUGCCAUCCGUACCACUCCUUGACUCUCAUGGAGUAAGUGUUGAUGUCCUUGUCCAACUGGUCGAGCAAAGCAAUGGCCUGGAUGAUGUGAUUGUCGUUCUUUUGAACAGAAAACUUAACCUUGGCUCUGGAGUAGGCGUGUCCAAGACCAAGCUGGGCUCUUUCCAAGUCUCCCUCCUGAAGACCCUUGAGCAACUUGGCACCGAAAACACGGAUACCUCUCAACAGAUCCUGCACAACUUCGUUGGAGUGGCACUCGAUGUAUGGAAAAACCUCCUUGAUCGAAGGUCCAAGGGCCUUGUCAGAAAUACCAAGAGCAAUCUUGUUCUUCUUGGAAGCCUUUGGCAGGUUCAACUCGAUCACAGACUUCAAGUAGUCGGAAACAAGUCCCUCACUGAUCUCGUUGGCGUUCUCAAGAGCCUGGGCAGCUCCCUGGAACGGAGCAAAGGACACAAGCUCAACAAGCUUGGAAAAAGCAGCCAGGUCGUUACAGGCGCUCUGGACCUCCUUGAGUCUCGAGCCAAUCUCGUCCUGUUGCAUCUUCACCUUGAAGACGGCGUAUCCCGUGGCCUCUUCGAAAAGAAGAUAGUCAAGUCCGGCCAUGAUGAAUAG